AGUUACUAAAAAUAGUAAUAUUACCUCAAACCAGUGACCUCAAAAGCAUUCUGAAAGAGUAAAACGAAUCUGCAAAAAGAUCAGCUUGAAAGCAAAAAAUAGUUGUAGAGCAAUAUCAAAGUUAAUCAAAGUUGCAUGAUUAUUUUGUAAAUUAUGGAAUGCAUUAACAUAACAAACAUGAGAGCCAACGAUAAAAGAACUCGACGAAGAAAGAAGUCAUUUACAGAAGCAUUAAAAGAAAAGUACUGUGCGGAGAAUGAACCAACGUUUGAUUUCAUAAUAAUAAGUCCCAAGCGAAGAAAUAAUACGACUGCAGAAUUGGGCCAUUUGCAAACAGUGGUUCUGAAUGAAAUGAAUGUGACCAGAGCUGAUAUACCAUGUCAUGGACUAAUGUCAUUGUGUCCCAAUAUAGUUGACCUUGACCUGGCCAACAAUCUGCUGGACAAAUGGACUGAGCUCUUGGCCAUCCUCAGUAACCUGCCCAAAGUCAAAUAUGUAAAUGUCAGUCGCAACAGCCUUCGCUUGAAUCCGGAUGAUCCUCUUCCAGAGUCAAAUUUGUCAGUGGAAAAUCUAGCCCUUAAUGAUACCGGUGUCUCCCUAGAUGAAAUAGCAAAGCUGUCAUCAAUUAUGCCAAUGCUGAAGGAGCUCCAUUUAUGUGGAAACAACUAUGAGAACCUGUCAGAUAUUGAUGAGAGAAUACGACAUGGUGCCUUCUCUUCCCUGGAAUGCCUGAGACUUAACAAUAAUAGCCUCACAAGUUGGUCUGAAGUUUGGAAACUCCGCCAUCUGCCACACCUAAAGUUUCUUGUAUUAUCUGGCAACCCUAUCAAAGAUAUUUUUUAUGAAUGUAGCUCACCAUUAGAGCAAGAUGGAAGGGGUCUUUCAGAGCAGAACAACACAAUACUGAACAUUCACAAGACUAGUAGUUUACCACAAGCUGAUCUAAACAAUAGUGAACCUGCAACUUCAAAUGUGACACAAGAUAAAGACUCCAUGAAGUUUUCACACGCAUUUUGUGGUCUCUCCUUACUAGACACAGCAAAAGAAUGCGUUUCCUAUCCACCAUUCUUUUCAACUGAGGCAUCAACAAAUGAUGAUGUUGCAGAAGAGGCUGAUGUUUUUGAUGAUGUUGAGGACUGCAAAUUUCUUGAUUCCAGACAAUCUGACUCAGAUGACAUCAGUGACAAAGAUCGAACCGACAGUGACAGUGAUGAUGCUUUGCCUCACAUGUUUGACAGUGACUUCUCUGCCAACAAUUCUAAUGUCAGCAAAAGCAAAGCUAUUGCCUUUGCAGUAAACAGUGGUUUUGACUUUAGGAUGUCAUCUUAUAGCACUUCUGAUUCUUCUAAAAAUUCAUCAACUAGCAUUCAUAGGCCAGUGCAAGACUUGAAUUCUAAACCAGAUUUUGAGCAAAAUACAAGUGACAAAAACAAUCAUUCAUUGAUUUCUGUAGAAAAUAUUCAAAAUGCUUCUUCUGAAUUUAAUGUUUCCAUCCAGCCUCAUCAUCCUCUUGUUACCAGUAAAGGCUUUGAUGCCAAUGAAAUUAAAACCUUACUUUGUCGCACCUUACAGGACCAGAAAAUGUCAAACAUCAUGCAGGAUUUCACUGCAGAUUCUUUCACACCACGAGCUGUUCUUCUGAAUGAUGAGAGUUUCAUGCUUGCACCCCUUGAUGGGGAUAGAGCCCUUGAUUCUAAAGUCCAGCGUUGUUUAUUCAGAGAUGCGCCUGAAUGCAAUGAACAUUCAGACCAACCGAAAUGCCUUAGGCAUUGUUAUGAUUGCAUCGACUCACUACGCCCCCACAAUUAUUCUGAAAGUGACUCAUGCUCUGACAUUGAAUCUGAACAACAAAAGUAUAAACAUGCUAAUCACCUAACUGAAUGCUUGUAUGCUUGCGCCUUUGAUAAAAAAGGGACUUCUGAAAAUGUUUCACAGCAUUCCUGUUCUUGCUCACAUCAGCUUCAACAGACGAGCAGUGUUGACAGCUCUGACUUGACCCCGCCACAACAGAAAAAUGGUAAUCAAAAACAGAUUCCUUGUAAUCAUGGUAACACUGUUUGCCAACAAAGCAUUAGUUCUGGUGGCGCUGUACAUUCUACAGAAACACAAGGGACACCUUCAACAGCUGUCACAACUGCUGUGAGUUGUGCAGAGACAAAAAAAUGUCCGAAGCCAUUUGAGAAUCUACAAAUACUGUGCCUAAGCAAUGCAGAACUGUCCCACCACAAUCACCUGAAGCCAUUUAUGCUGUUUCCCAAGUUGACCAACCUGAGGUUAAAGAACAAUCCUUUAUACUCAAGUGUCAGUGGUGAAGACAGGAGGAAACUGUACAUUGCUAGCUUGCCGACAGUAAACAUACUGAAUGGAAGUGAGAUUUCAAGCAUGGAAAGAGAAAAGGCAGAAAGACAUUAUCUCAGGUACUAUAUGGACAAGCUGGAGAAACCAGAUUUCUAUCACACUCUGGUGAAAAAACAUGGUCCUCCCGUGAAACUAGUGGACAUAGAUCUCAGUGCUGGCUAUCAAGAGUGGGCCACCCUGAAGUUUAUAUGUGAUGGGGCUGUAAAGUUCACCCGCAGGAUUCACCUGGUAGACCCUGUCUCAAGGCUCAGGAACCUCAUUGCUGCACAACUUGCAUUGCCAAAAAGGUGUUUUGUGCUAUACCAUCAUGCCUGUGGGCCAAGUCACCCAGAGUCUGAGAGGGAGUUGACGGAACUGCGAUGUGAGUCACUCCCGAUGUCCAGGUUUGAUUUUGCUGAAGGUGAUGAGAUCCACAUUGAUGUCCGUGGGUAACUCUAAGAGUGGACAAUGGUAACUUGAUCUGCAUAUGCAGACAGGAAAGCCUUGCGGCACCAGAUUUUUAUGUGACCUGCACUUGGUUAUAGGUUGAACUAUUAUCAGAUCUGUUGGUCAGUUUUGUUCGGUUAAAAACAGUAUGUUCGUGCAUUUAUCUUUUUAUUGAUGAUGCAGAUUUAGCUGGAUUUAGGUUUUAGGUUUUGUUUGCACUCAUGUAAAUAUAUAUAUGUCAGUAUGGCAUUUAGUUUUUUUACAUUAAUACCAAUGCAGAAGAACCAACCUAAAGAUUUUGUAUUCUGUGUGUGGUAGAUUUGUAGUUUAACACUGAGUGCUGCCUUCUUUACUGGCAACUAACACAAUGGUUAAACAUUCUUUAUAUUCAUUGUCCACAUUGACAUUUUUGUGAAUAUGUAUAUACUAGUUGGCUCAUGUUGAACAUUUCAUCACUAAUGCAUAAUGUGAUAGGGAGUGGAGAGGUUAAUGCUUAAUCCUCACUUGCCUUUAAACAUACUUUUUGUUCCACACUCUUUUCAUUCUCUCUUAAAAUAAAAUAUCAUGUUUACUGUAUAGUACUGUAACAGGGAAAGUUCAUUUGACACCAAGUCCUACAUGAUUACUGAAAAAGGUUUUAAAAGCAAAAUAAAAAUUCAUGAUCAAAGUCUUCAGAAAAAUAGAAAAUUGCUAGGAGCUGUUUUUUUUUUUUAAUUAUAGGAAGUGUUUAAAAAAUCUUUCCCAAAAUAUUCUGAAACAAAAAAACAACAACAAAUCCUGUAAGUUUAACAGUACUUACCUAUCAUAUUUUAUUUUGUCAUCCUAUUUGUGCCACAUGUUAAAACUUUUAUAAAAGAAUCCAUAUUUUGGCUGUCAUUGAAAUUGAUCUAUUUUUUUUUUUUUUUGUUGAGAAUGUGAAUAACUGUGAUCUCACUCUGUUGUAAAACAUUAGUGCUAUUGAUGGGAUGAUCAACUUCAAAAGAAAAUGUUCCUUAUGAGUGGAAGUGUCAGUGUAUCAUCUAUCUCAUGAUACUUUACUCUCCAGUGGCUGCUUAUUCUGGUUAUUCAUGGCAGCCAAAUAUUAUUUGUUUCAAUGUGUGACUUCUUUUUCCUACAAUUCUGGGAUCACAUUUAAAAAAAAAAUCUUUGAACUGUUGAUCUUCUCUGGGCAUACUGGGAGGCUAGUGGGGGAGGGAAAUGCAUGGUUUGAAAUCAUGUAUGUGCUCAGAAACUCAGGAAAAGCAGGGUUUAGUCAAAGUCUUGAAAUUGGUAUGUAAGUUCUCAGAAAAUCAGGAAAAGCAGGGUUUAGUCAAGCCUUGAAAUUGGUAUGUAGGUUCUCAGGAAAAGCAGGGUUUAGUCAAAGUCUUGAAAUUGGUAUGUAGGUUCUCAGGAAAAGCAGGGUUUAGUCAAAGUCUUGAAAUUGGUAUGUAGGUUCUCAGGAAAAGCAGGGUUUAGUCAAAGUCUUGAAAUUGGUAUGUAGGUUCUCAGGAAAAGCAGGGUUUAGUCAAAGUCUUGAAAUUGGUAUGUAGGUUCUCAGGAAAAGCUGGGUUUAGUCAAAGUCUUGAAAUUGGUAUGUAGGUUCUCAGGAAAAGCAGGGUUUAGUCAAAGUCUUGAAAUUGGUAUGUAGGUUCUCAGGAAAAGCAGGGUUUAGUCAAGUCUUGAAAUUGGUAUGAAGGUUGUCAGGAAAAGCAGGGUUUAGUCAAAGUCUUGAAAUUGGUAUGUAGGUUCUCAGGAAAAGCAGGGUUUAGUCAAAGUCUUGAAAUUGGUAUGUAGGUUCUCAGGCAAAGCAGGGUUUAGUCAAGUCUUGAAAUUGGUAUGAAGGUUCUCAGAAACUCAGGAAAAGCAGGAUUUAGUCAAUUCUUGAAAUUGGUAUGAAGGUUCUCAGAAGCUUUUCACUCAGGCUCUCUUGUUUGUUCUAUUUGUUGUAUAUCUCUUUCAACUGUUGCUGUAACUGAGUCUAUAGUACACUUUACAAGUUUCACUACAUAAGUCUGCAAUAUGUUAUUUAAAGGAAAAUGUGUUCAGUCAAUUUUACAUCAAACUUUAUUCCCUGCACAUGUAAAGGACUUGUUGCAUUGAAAUGUGAUUUAACCAGUUUCCACUUCCCAUUCUAGGGACAAACAGCAUGUUUAUAGAACUAUGAAUUCAGUUUGGCUGUAAUGGGUUAACAUUAGAAAACAUGACAAAAUGGAAACAUUAUAAAUAUGUAUCCACAAACGUAAUAAUUUGUAUGCACAGAUUUUGAGAAUUUAUUAUACAUAAAAUAUUGGUGAGUAUAUAGUAUGUAUUCAGAUAUGAAAUUGUAUUUUGAUUUUUAUAAAAUAGUUAAUAUACAAUUGUAAAUUGCUUAUAUUUUGCUAAGUCCUAGUUAUUUAGGAAAGACAUUUUUUUAUACUGUUGUGAAGAUUAUUUUGAUGUUAUUUAGUUUUACAUUGACAUUAUGAUUUGAAUCUAUCUGGUUGCUUUCGUUGGUUGAGAUUACAACCAAACUUAUUAAAAACAUUUACAGGC